UCUUGGGAGAGGACAGCGGGGCGGUGAUGCCAUCUUUGAAGAGGGCAGCGUGAAGCGGGGACAGCGCCAUCUUUGCUGCGGGCGGGACUUUGCCCGUGUCCCCUCGGUGCCGCCGGCAGGGAAUCUCCUCGAUGGCAUCAUCUGCGCCGGCGCUGAAGCCGCUGGUGGCGGUGGCCCAGGUGACCUCGACGCCAGACAAGGAGCAGAACUUCGCGGCAUGCGUGGCGCUGGUGCGCGAGGCAGCCGAGCGCGGCGCCGGCCUCGUCUUCCUCCCUGAGGCCUUCGACUUCAUCGGCCGCGACGCCGCACAGACACUCAGCAUGGCCGAACCCCUCGAUGGGGACCUCAUGGGCCGCUACGCUCAGCUCGCCAGGGACUGCGGUGUUUGGCUCUCGCUGGGCGGUUUCCACGAGCGCGGCCACGAUUGGGCCACCACGCAGCGCAUCUACAACUGCCACGCGCUGCUGGGUCACGACGGUCGCCUCGUGGCCGCCUACCGCAAGGCCCAUCUGUGCGACGUGGAGCUCGAGGGCCGCGUCUCCAUGUGGGAGAGCAGCUUCACCAACCCUGGCACCGAGCUGGUGGCGCCGGUGCCCACGCCGGCGGGGAAGCUCGGCCUCUCCGUUUGCUACGACCUGCGCUUCCCCGAGCUCUCGCUGGCGCUGCGGCGCGCGGGCGCCGAGAUCCUCACCUUCCCCUCGGCCUUCACCGUCCCCACCGGCUCGGCACACUGGGAGCAGCUCCGGGCUCACCACGGCACCACCGGGAAGGUCCCCCCCCGCCACUUUCUCCGUGCCGGGAAUUCUGGGCACAAGGAAGGAGCCGGGCGCUGCGGUAGAUGUUUAUUCCAAGAAACCCGAGAGCUACACAGGGAAGAUGAACAAUCGAGGAUUAAAAAAUACAGAAGUCACAGAAAUUACACAAAGUUGUGCCGGAAUAGUCUGUCGGGUUCAAGCACCCCUCGAAGCCGGGGGUGCCACCCCCCACCCACAAAUUGGGAUGGAGCUGAAACGAACCCCGUCCCUACACCCCAGCACGGCCAGUCCGGGCUCGGCGGGCACAGGGAGCCCCGGCCCCGCGUCGCUCCAACUGCCCCGCGUCCCAGUUUAUCCCAGUUACCGGCUGGGGAGGUGCCAGGCAGAGGUUUUGGGGUUCCCUCAGCACCCGGCCUCUCCCUGGGGAGGGGGACACGAAGGCACAUGGUCCCGGGGCCGGAUUUGCUCCAGAGAAACCAGAGGUGACAAAA